CCCCUCUCUGGGCAUCUCGAACCAUCCUCUGCAGGAUAGCUACGUUCUUGUCCUUCUGACCAUCUUUUUAGUUCUCCAAACUCUCAUGCUCUCAUGAGGCCAAAGACCUUCCUGUAAGCAGUUUCUUCUGCUGGAAAUUCCUUCCACACACACCCCCACCCCCACCCCCUCCAAAAAAAGAAUCCAUCAGUGCAGACUGGCCAACUCCUGCCUCUCCAUCAGGUCUCAGAUGAAAUCUGACUGCCUGGAGGUCUUCCUUUAGCCCGCGAUGAGAUGAGAUUAGGCUCUCCUGGUGUGUGUGCGUGUGUUUGUGUGUGUUUCCAGUGUUCCUUGUACUUGGGCCUUCAAAAUCACUUUACUGUUUGGCUGGAUUCGCGUUCAGCUUCCCAGUAGACAGGAAGUGCCUUGAGAGCAGGGGUGAGCUUUGAUUCUGACCCCCAGGUCUUAUUCCCCCUCCUGGAACAGGGUCGGUACUCACUGGAAGUUUGUUCUAAGCCUGAAGUUUGCCCCUCCACGUGUCCACUGCGCUCAGGUGAGCACGUGUUUAAAACACGCCGCACGUGGGCCUGCCCUGUCCUGAAGCCCGGCAGACUUUGUGCCCCUUUCGCCCAGGGCUGUCGUCUCUUUCUGCAUGGCUUACUGCUGUUUUGAGCAAUUUGGGUUAACCCAUCCUUGCCCUUCUGGCCUUCCCACUCCCUUCCAGUUUUCUGAAUCAGAUACAGAGGGGGACCUGGCCAGGACACAGGAACCAAAGCCUGACCAGCAAAGCAGAGAAAAAAAGACUUCCCUCGUGGGAAACCUCACUGUCCUGCCAGCUUUGGAAGGUUCAGCCUGUGCUGUCAGUUUCUGCCCCAAGUCCAGGUCUCUUGGGCCCACUUCCCGGGGCUGUGUCGCGCUGUGUGCUAGAAUGCUCUCUGGUGGCGCUUCCUGCCGAUGGGGGCAGAUCCUUCCCCCACUGGUGAUGAGUCAGCUUUCAGAUCUCUUCCCACUUCCUGUCUGGCCUGGCUUUAGACACGUUGCCCAGCUCAGGCAUUGGAGAACUUACUGGAUGUGGUCCGGGUGCCUCCAGACCUAUGCAAGGAGGCCUCCAGAAAGGAAGAGGUUUUAUCAGAAUGUCAGCAUCACACAGGGUGAAGGUGGCUUUGAGAUAAACCUGGACCACAGGAAGCUGAAAACUCCCCAAGCCAAGCUCUUUACCGUCCCCAGCGAGGCCCUGGCCAUCGCAGUGGCCACUGAAUGGGACUCCCAGCAGGACACCAUCAAGUUCUACACCAUGCACCUGACCACAUUGUGCAACACGUCUCUAGACAACCCUACCCAGCGAAACAAGGACCAGCUGAUCCAGGCGGCUGUGAAGUUUCUGGACACCGACACCAUCUGCUUGGACCCGGAGACGGUCACUCGUUCUCAGGAGCUGGUUGCUUCCACUUCUGAAUCCUCCCUCCCGUGCCAGUGUUCUUCAGCUAACUGGGCGGUAGUGUUGAAGCUACAGGGUGGAUGAGCCAGCGACACUAGUGGAACUUCAAAGGAACGAGUGGGACCCGAUCAUCGAAUGGGCCGAAGAAAGGUA